GGGGUGGAGGGGGGGGGCGGAGCAGCAGAGGCGCUGAGCCGGGGCUGCGCCUAGGCAAGCGGCCGGAGCGUGCCGUGCUGGGCCAGGGAUGGCAGUGGCCAUGGCGUGGGUCCCGGCAGCGCCCCGCGCGAGGUGAGGGUGGGCAGUGCAAGCCUAGCAGCUUUCUCCCCGCAGGCUGGGUUUUGAACUCAAGGGGAUGCGUCCAGAGGGGCGGCCCAGGGACCCAACCCCCACCCGGCCGGGCACUGGCCCCACGUGUGGGGCGGGGGCGGAGUCCCGCACAAAGGCCGGGAGGAGUGAGCUCCCGGGACCCGUCCGGCGGUUGGGGGCGCAUUCCGGGGUGGCUGCGACGGGAAGGGCCGGUCUGCCGGCCCCACCGAGGGAGGUCCGCCGCCCCUUUGUCCCGGUGGGCCUCAACCAAGCUUGGGAGAGUGCGCUCGAGACAAAGUCCUGACGUUCUCGCCUUUCUGCCCGACGGGUGUUAUACACAUAAUAGCACCGCGGCUGUAUUCCAGCUUCCUUGUGGCUGUAUGAUCUAUUCCCUGCCUUAUCCGAACGCUAUCGUUUUCCUGGACCAGGAGUUCUUCACGGAAUACAAAGUGGGACGCGGGUUCGAGGCUCUCUGAAACCAUGUUUUGGGUGGUACGCAGGCAUCUGUAUCUCUGGGCAGCGAGUCCGUAGUGCAGCCGGCCAAUUCUGAGAGUCACACAUACCAGAAGUCUCUGCCCAGCGAUAAGCCACCUGCUCCAGUAGGGAGUUCUAUGCUCCUGGCAUUCCUGAGCUGGUGCCAGGCAGGUGACACCGUUUUCCUGCAGCCCCCAGCAUGUGGGCAGGCCUGGGCCCUGCCAUCACACUGGCUGUGGUGUUGGCGGCGGCAUGGGCCACCCAGCUCAAGCCCACAGCACCUCCCAUCUUUACAGGCCGGCCUUUUGUGGUAGCAUGGGACGUGCCCACACAAGAUUGUGGCCCUCGCCUCAAGGUGCCACUGGACCUGAAGGCCUUUGAUGUGCAGGCCUCACCUAAUGAGGGUUUUGUAAACCAGAACAUCACCAUUUUCUACCAUGACCGGCUGGGCUUGUAUCCCCGCUUCAGUUCAGUGGGGAGGUCAGUGCACGGUGGCGUGCCACAGAAUGGCAGCCUCUGGGCACAUCUGAAGAUGCUGCAGGAACACGUGGAGCACUACAUUCGUACACAGGAGCCUGCAGGCCUGGCAGUUAUUGACUGGGAGGCCUGGCGGCCUGUGUGGGUGCGCAACUGGCAGGACAAGGAUAUAUACCGCCAAUCAUCACGCCAGUUGGUGGCUAUUCGCCACCCUGACUGGCCAUCAGAUCGUGUGGUCAAGCAGGCGCAGUAUGAGUUUGAAUUCGCUGCACGACAGUUCAUGCUGGAGACACUGCGCUUUGUCAAGGCUGUUCGGCCUCGGCACCUCUGGGGCUUCUACCUCUUCCCGGACUGUUACAACCAUGAUUAUGUGCAUAACCGGGACACCUAUACAGGCCGCUGCCCUGACGUUGAGGUCUCCCGAAACGACCAGCUGGCCUGGCUGUGGGCAGAGAGCACAGCCCUCUUCCCCUCUGUCUACCUGGACGAGACACUCAAGUCCUCCACCCACGGCCGCAACUUUGUCAGCUUCCGUGUUCAGGAGGCUCUUCGUGUGGCUCACACCCACCACCCCAACCAUGCACUCCCGGUCUACGUCUUCACACGACCCACCUAUAGCCGCAAGCUCACGGGGCUUAGUGAGAUGGAUCUCAUCUCCACCAUUGGUGAGAGUGCAGCCCUGGGCGCGGCUGGUGUCAUCCUCUGGGGCGACGCAGGCUAUACCACCAGCACGGAGACCUGCCAGUACCUCAAGGAUUACCUGACGAGGCUGCUGGUCCCCUACGUGGUCAACGUGUCCUGGGCUGCCCAGUACUGCAGCUGGGCCCAGUGCCAUGGCCACGGGCGCUGUGUGCGUCGCGACCCCAGCACCAAUACCUACCUGCACCUCAGUGCCAGCAGCUUCCGCUUGGUGCCUAACCACGUACCUGGUGAGCCACAGCUGCGACCAGAGGGGGAGCUCAGCUGGGCUGAUCUCAACCACAUGCAGACGCACUUUCGCUGCCAGUGCUACUUAGGCUGGGGCGGUGAGCAGUGCCAGUGGGACCACACACGGGCAGCUGGGGGUGCCAGUAGGGCCUGGGCUGGGUCCCACCUCACUGGCCCACUGGCUGUGGUAGUCCUGGCCCUCACCUGGACUUCAUAGGGGUCUCUCACCCGGCUGCCAUACAAGCUGGCCUCUGCCACAAUGGCUCUGCCUGCCAUACAGGAGCCUGCAAGGGGUAGACAAACUGGAAUCUGGAGGGGGCAGAGCCCCUGGGAUGCCCAGUAGAGUAUCCAUACCAACUCUCACCCCCCUGUUCUAAGGGGGAGGGGCAAUUCCCCGAAAGGUCCCUUCUCUCCCUGCCAGAGAGGAAGAGGAGCACAGCCGGGCCAGAGAGGACCUGACCCUACUCUCCUGCCCCUGGAUAGUUUAUUAUUAUUUUGGGGUCUCUUUUGUAAAUUAAAUAUAAAACAACUCCUUCUGUG